AUGUAUCGCGGUAGGGGAUUAGAGUUUAGGAAUGAUCAGUAUAAAGGGAAUUCAAGGGGAAAGCACAGAUCUGGAACUAAUGCUGGACGACCGCCACCCGGAGGAUCUAAAUUUCAAUGGAAAGUCCUAUUGUUCUUCUUAGCUUUCUGGGUCUGUUUAGUCAAUUAUUAUGAGAAACUUGUAGUAGACAGGGUCAUCAAGAGAUGUAGUUGGGAUACAUGGGAGCAAUGGGAAGUGGGCCAGAGGCCACAUCGUGUAAUGCUUCUAGCAGAUCCCCAGAUCAUGGAUGCGCACUCUUAUCCGGGCAGGCCCAAACUUGUGAACUAUUUCACUAAAAAAAUUCUGGAUCACUAUCACGCUCGAAAUUGGAAUCAUCUUCAAGCAUCUCUUGAUCCCGAUUCUACUUUCUUCUUAGGUGACCUUUUCGAUGGAGGCAGGAGAUGGAGUGACGAUGACUGGAUGAAUGAAUACCAAAGGUUCAACAAUAUUUUCCGAAAAAGGAGUAACAAGCUUACGGUAAUGUCACUUCCAGGAAAUCAUGAUAUCGGUUUUGGUGACACCGUUGUUGAACGCAGUUUAAACAGAUUCAGUCAAUAUUUCGGUGAGUGUAACUCCAUGUGGGACAUCGGAAAUCACACCAUUGUCCUGUUAGAUACAAUCUCACUAUCUGACACCGCAAAUUCGAAUAUAUCGGAUGUUCCCAGACAGUUUCUUGAUCGAAUUGCAACUAUGGAACCAUCAAAUCCAAGAAUCAUGCUAACUCACGUACCUUUGCAUCGUGAUCCCUUACUGCAACAGUGCGGUGAUUUGAGAGAGUCUCAGAAGCCUUUCCCGCUUCAAAGAGGUAUUCAGUAUCAAACUGUCAUUGAUAAGGACUUAACAGAAGAGGUUCUAUCAAAAAUUCAACCCACGCUGGUUUUCUCUGGCGACGAUCAUGAUUUUUGCCACAUAUCGCAUGGGUAUGAAAUUGGUGGCAUCAAAAUGGAAGCGGAUGAAAUCACGGUGAAGUCUUGUGCGAUGAACAUGGGGAUUUCACGGCCCGCUAUCCAGCUUUUAUCUCUCAACAAUCCGGUGCAUAAAACGAUUGGAAAGACGUAUGAGACUGAAAUAUGCUUUCUCCCUGAUCCUUACAAACCCAUAAAAGUCUACAUUUUCGCUUUCAUACUUACAUCAGGGAUCAUGGCAUGGAUUCAAUUAUUCCCUUUUUCGUUCUGUAGAACGUUUGAUUUAUUUUUGGGCCAAAUUUCGGUUGGCGGCUAUCCACUGCUCCCCGUCGUGACAAGGCCAAAACAAAAUUCGUCUGCAAAUGAACUAAAAAGUCAAAAGAUCCAAGGACUAUUGAUUAGUCAGGCCGUGAUGGUAUUGCUCAUAACACUGAUCUUCAUGCUUUCAUAG